GACAGUGUUUCCGGCCACGUUUCUGUUUCUUUCUAUUUUGCUUGCACACCUGCAAAUAAUUUACUCUUUUCGUUCAUUAGUCAAUUUAUACAUCAAAGGAUUGUUUCCUUUCAAUUACCUGACACCCAUAAAACAGGGGCCCCAUUCAACUUUUUUCAACUUCUUUCGUUUGUAUCUGCCCGAGGAUCGCCCCCCUGUAUCUCCUCGCCUCAACGGCUUUAAUUUGAAUUGAGAUCUCCCUUUCUCUUUGUUUCUCGAUUUCAUAAAUUUAUUUAUUUAUUAAUUCUCAAUUUGUAUUUCACCCUUCUGUACCAGACAAAAAUAUACCCAAGACGUGUAUUUCCUCUCUGUUUAUUCAGAGGAAGCAUAUCUCUCUCUCCCUACAAAUCUUGAUUGGCUUUGGAAUCUAGGAAGAGGGAGACAAUCAAAAUUUUAUUGGGUUUCCGUGUUCGUUUUGCUUAUUCCCUUUGGUUGCUUCACUAUUAAACCUGGUACACACUUGCACAUGCUGUCAAUGGCAACUGGGAAUUCCUAUAUUGAUGACUUGCGAAGUAAACCUGAGGUCAUUGACCUCCCUGAAAAUGAACAGAUUAUAGAUGUUGGAGAACAUGUAAGCGACACUGCUCAAAGUCCCCUAAAACCUAAUGUAACCGUCUCAAGUAGCGUACGUGAUCUACUGGAAUGUCCAGUUUGCUUGAAUGCUAUGUACCCCCCUAUUUAUCAGUGUUCCAAUGGUCAUACAUUAUGCUCUGGUUGCAAACCUAGGGUGCACAACCGAUGCCCAACUUGCAGGCAUGAACUUGGUAAUAUCAGAUGUCUUGCAUUGGAGAAGGUAGCUGCAUCCUUUGAGCUCCCAUGUAAAUAUCAGAGUUUUGGAUGUAUGGGCAUCUACCCUUACUACAACAAGCUUAAACAUGAAUCUCAGUGCAUUUUUAGACCUUAUAAUUGUCCUUAUGCGGGGUCAGAGUGCUCAGUCAUUGGUGAUGUUCCAUAUCUCGUGAGCCAUUUGAAAGAUGAUCACAAAGUUGAUAUGCACAAUGGCAGUACAUUCAACCAUCGCUAUGUCAAAUCAAAUCCCCGUGAGGUGGAGAAUGCCACCUGGAUGCUUACGGUAUUCAGUUGCUUUGGGCAGUAUUUCUGUCUGCAUUUUGAAGCAUUUCAGCUCGGAAUGGCGCCAGUUUACAUAGCGUUCUUACGGUUCAUGGGCGAUGAAAACGAGGCAAAAAACUAUGGCUAUACCCUCGAGGUUGGGGGUAACGGGAGGAAGAUGAUAUGGCAAGGAGUGCCUAGAAGUAUAAGGGAUAGCCACCGAAAGGUACGCGAUAGUUUUGAUGGCCUCAUCAUUCAACGUAACAUGGCUCUCUUUUUCUCUGGUGGAGACCGGAAAGAAUUGAAGCUCAGAGUUACUGGUCGGAUUUGGAAAGAGCAAGUUGUUCCUUUGAACAAAUGAAUUUUUUUUUGGAUAUCUAGCAGGCAAACGCUCUUUGCUUGUCUAUGCACCAAAUAUUUGAGUUGACGAGCCCAAAUUAGCACUAUAUACACUAGGACAUUAACCAGUGAUAGUGUCUUUAUGGUCUGUACUGUAUCACUGGAUGCAAUAACCUGCCAUUGUAAUGGAGGACUGAGAAGCAUGAACUAUAUAAGAUAUUCACUUAUUAGUGUUUUUGUGGGUUUUAUGAACUUCUAGUA